AUGACCACGACGCAUGUCAUACAUGACAUAUCAUCCCAAAUCAUUUUGAGCAAGCAGGGAACAACGUUCUUCCCUCAUUGCUUGCCAUCUCUGGCUGACUGGCGCAAGCCUCCUAUAGUCUCUCCUACCCGAACCAAGCCAACCAGCAUUUCGUUUGUUGCCAGCUCUACGCUCACGGCUGCUCGGCAACUGCACGAGCGGAGACCAGACCUUACCCGUACUUCGCCGUAUUCGCUCUCUACUACAUCAAUUGGAGUCCUUUCCUUUGCGUCACCCAAACGUCCCGGCGGAGGCUAUCUACACGGCGGUAACGAGCAAGAGGAGAUCCUGGCCAGGUCUUCGUCGCUUGUAGCUAGUCUUCAGGCCGACCCAGGCAAACAAUUCUACACCACCCACAGGAAAUUCCUUAGUGAAGACGGUGCUGGCAUUCAUGAUCACUCCAUGGUGUACAGUCCAGGCGUUGUCGCUUUUCGCCAAGAUGAUAGCGACGGCGCAUCUCCACUCACGACUGUGUCGCCAAAUGGCUUCAUCUCCCCUUAUCUUAUUAAUGUUCUCUCGGCUGUGCCUGUUAACGCAGCCGCAAUACGUCAGAACUACAAAAUCACUCCUUCGAACGCUCACAUCUUUAAGGACGGCAUACGUGACAAAAUGCGAGACCGCAUGGCAAGGGCACUUCGCAUCUUUGAGGCACGCGGUGACCGAGCUCUCGUCCUCGGUGCGUUCGGGUGUGGUUCCAGCGAGAACAAAGUUGAAAUGGUUGCGGAGAUAUGGGCAGACCUCCUUGUGUACGGGGAACGCGAAGAGAAUCGUGAAGAUGGAAAGACGACUGUUCCACGCGCGGCGUUUAAAGACUCGUUCGAAGAUGUUGUGUUCGCUGUUCCCGGUAAAUUAUUUGAGCCCUUCAAGAAGGCGUUUGACAUGAGAGUUUUCGAAGCGGAGGUGUCUCAGGCAGCCAGUGAGUAG